AGUCAGGUGAUGGCGUUUUAUUGAUGCGUAUUAAGUUAAUCGUUUGAGUAUAAAGAACAAAGUGCUGGAAUGCGGAGAUAUGACUUAAUAUGAUAAAAGUACUUUUUCCAGAUGGAAUGCAAUAUAAUUUACAUUUUAACUAUUUUGUUGACUUUUCUAGAAAGAGACAUUGUUGAAGCUAGCUCCUGGUCCGAAUGGUGGCAGUAUACAGGAGUUUCUGGUUUCGAAUUUUGGGGUGUCAUCAAUCCCGAAUGGAUACUAUGUCAGAGAGGAAAGCGACAAAGCCCAAUAAAUGUUGAUCCAUCUCUUCUACUUUACGAUCCUUCUUUGAAACAUAUAAGAGUUAGCAAGCGCUCAGCUAGUGCUGAAUUAGAAAAUGUUGGACAGUUUGUCCGUUUGGUGCUGGAACCAGGUACCGAUAAACUUAUUAACAUAACUAAGGGACCUCUGUCGUAUCGGUACACCGUACAUGAAGUGGAUUUCCAUUUUGGUACUGAAAAUGAUUUGGGGAGUGAACAUAUGAUUGCAGGAAUCUCCUUCCCUUUUGAAGUUCGUUUGAUUCUUUUAAUAUCGCAUACCUUGUGAAUCUUCAGCUACAUCCAUACUAUUUGCAAGAACAACUCAUAUUUUUGAAAACAAUUUGUAACAAACUAUUUUUAUUAAAACUGAAUCUAAUAUAAAAGUUAGUGACAGCGAACACCAUAAAUAAUAUUGCAAGACUUAAUGGGAUAUCACAACCUUUUCUAAAGUUUCGAUUACCUAAAUAUCCGCCGGUCAUGUCAAACAAACUAUUUUUCGUAUUAGAUAUUUACAUCUACUUUGUUUUUAGCUCUUAAAAAAGUAUAUUUGAUAUAAUUGUCGAGUAUAGCAAAUAUAAUUCUUCUAACUUAUUUUCCAGUCUUCUAAGAAAUUAUAUUUUUUUCAGAUUCAAAUAGUUGCAUACAACUCUGAAAUAUAUGGCAAUAUAACACAAGCUCGUUACUCUCCAAAUGGAAUAGCAAUAAUUGCAAUAUUUGCCCAGAUAACAAAGGAUGCCAAGGACAAAAAUGAACAAUUGGAAAUAAUAUCUCAAUUCUUACCUGAUGUUCAGUUUCGAGAACAAAAAAGUAAAAUUCGCCAAGUUUCUAUACACAAGUUAAUGCCUGAUACUAAUCAUUAUGUAACAUAUGAUGGGUCGUUUACUUAUCCUGGUUGUGAAGAGACGGUAACAUGGAUUAUCAUGAAUCGACCCUUGCACAUUACGGUGCAACAGGUUUGUAUUUUUUUUACUUAUCCUAACACCCUCAUUAGUGUAACUUGAUUGAAGCAUGUCUAAAAUUACUUUCACCUGUCUUUUUGAAGUUUUGACGUGAAAAUAAUAACUUGUUUUGAUCUCGUUUGAUUUAUGGAUAUGCAAAUUUCUGUCUCUUUCAGUGUUAUUCAUCAGUUUCUAUAAAAGAAAAACAAAAAUUAAGAUCUUGAUAUAUUGAUAUAUCCAAGAAAAAUGCCACUAAGGACUAAUCGACCUUAUCAACUGCUUAAGAAUAAGAGCUACAAGUACCAAAUUGUAGUCCUUUUAAGUUUUUGAUCGCUUAAUUUAUUUCUAAAAAGGAAAUACCGGUUCGAUCAAGGUUACACAAGGUGAACAUUAAACAGAAUUCUUUACGAGAAUAAAUCGAGCGAUCGGCACGUUUGGUCUAAUGCGUUUCCUUUUAUUUAUUCCUUCCUUUAUCCUUGAAGAUAUUUAAGAUUUUACAUAUGCCUCCAUAAUGAAAAAAAUAUCUUAUCUGUUCAUUUUCUCAAAUUGAAUUAAAGUUUAAGAUUGCAAAAUAUUUUUAAUAAUAUGCUCAAUUUUUCUCUGAAUAUUUUAAUCUUGUUUGUUAGGAAGAGUCUAUAUAAUAAAGGAACUGACAAGGAGUAUUUUUAUUAAAUAAUAAUGUCAUUUAAAGUAUUAGCAAUAAACUUUGAGACGAGAUAUUAAUAUAAUAUAUGAGUGCACUUAUAUAUUAUUAUAUUUCUAUUCAUAUAUAUAAAAUUAUUUUCUUAUAUUUG